AUUCAAUUAUUCCCGCCAUGUUUACUGUCAACGGAAGCCCUAACCUCCAAAGGACAAAUGGCACAAAUGCAGGGGAAGGAAUUCUUCCUGUUGUCAUUGAUGACUCUAUUAUUUUUUCGUAAUUUCGGAGUUCAAGCGCAAAAAGCGAUGAGUUCAUUGUCUGGCGUUUAUUCGGUGGCUUACGUGACAGUUCCCAGCAACGAAAUCGCGAAGAAAUUGGCGCACGGUAUUGUUAAGAGUAAACUCGCUGCAUGUGUCAACAUCAUUCCUCAAGUGACUUCGGUGUAUGAGUGGAAGGAUGAGAUAAAUGAAGAGAGUGAGCUGCUCCUGAUGAUCAAAACGAGAACUGAAGCCGUGGGAAAUUUAACGAAAUAUGUUAAGGAAAAUCAUCCUUACGAAGUCUGUGAAGUCAUAUCUUUUCCGAUUGAGAACGGAAAUGAAGAAUAUCUUAACUGGAUCGGAGGAAUAGUCCCUCAGGGCGUGAAAAAGCCCUCGUAAGCAGCAAAGAAUUGCAUAAAUCGUCAUUAAAAUGAAUAUUUAUCUUGUAUUGAAUUAAGCAAUAAAUUCAUUUUGAAGUCUA